GGGCGGGGGUGGGGUUGUGGUGCUUUGGGUGACAACGGUCAAUAAUGAAGGUGGCUACGGCGCGGCGACAGGCUCAGCUGCGCCGGGCGGGGGCGGCGCCGGGGCCGCGCCUGUAGGACCUCGGGGCCGGCGCGGCGAAAUGGGGACCCGGCGCGGGGAGUGAGGUGGCGGCGGUGGCGAGCGGAACUUCAGCCAGAGGGGCACUCCCGCUUCCCCCUCUGGCUCGUCAGCUUCCACCUGCAGCCCCUCGGCCCCCGCGUCCCGCGGGACCGGGACGGCGACGGCGGGGGCAUGUGGCGCUGGGUCCGGCAGCAGCUGGGUUUUGACCCACCACAUCAAAGUGACACAAGAACCAUUUACAUAGCCAACAGGUUUCCUCAGAAUGGCCUUUACACACCUCAGAAAUUUAUAGAUAACCGGAUCAUUUCAUCUAAGUAUACUGUGUGGAAUUUUGUUCCAAAAAAUUUAUUUGAACAAUUCAGAAGAGUGGCAAACUUUUAUUUUCUUAUUAUAUUUUUGGUUCAGCUUAUGAUUGAUACACCUACCAGUCCAAUUACCAGUGGACUUCCAUUAUUCUUUGUGAUAACAGUAACCGCCAUAAAGCAGGGAUAUGAAGAUUGGUUACGACAUAAGUCAGAUAAUGAAGUAAAUGGAGCUCCUGUUUAUGUUGUUCGAAGUGGUGGCCUUGUAAAAACUAGAUCAAAAAACAUUCGGGUGGGUGAUAUUGUUCGAAUAGCCAAAGAUGAAAUUUUCCCUGCAGAUUUGGUGCUUCUGUCGUCAGAUCGACUUGAUGGUUCUUGUCAUGUUACAACUGCUAGUUUGGAUGGAGAAACUAACCUGAAGACACACGUGGCAGUUCCAGAAACAGCAGUAUUACAAACAGUUGCCAGUUUGGACACACUCAUAGCUGUGAUAGAAUGUCAGCAACCAGAAGCAGACUUGUACAGAUUCAUGGGACGAAUGAUAAUAACUCAACAAAUGGAAGAAAUUGUAAGACCUCUGGGGCCGGAGAGUCUCUUGCUUCGUGGAGCCAGGUUAAAAAACACAAAAGAAAUUUUUGGAGUUGCUGUCUACACUGGAAUGGAAACUAAGAUGGCAUUAAAUUACAAGAGCAAGUCACAGAAACGAUCUGCAGUAGAAAAGUCAAUGAAUACAUUUUUGAUAAUUUAUCUAAUAAUCCUUAUUUCUGAAGCCAUCAUCAGUACUAUCUUCAAGUAUACAUGGCAAGCUGAAGAAAAAUGGGAUGAACCUUGGUAUAACCAAAAAACAGAACAUCAAAGAAAUAGUAGUAAGAUUCUGAGAUUCAUUUCAGACUUCCUUGCUUUUUUGGUACUCUACAAUUUCAUCAUUCCAAUUUCAUUAUAUGUGACAGUCGAAAUGCAGAAAUUUCUUGGGUCAUUUUUUAUUGGCUGGGAUCUUGAUCUCUAUCAUGAAGAAUCAGGUCAGAAAGCUCAAGUCAAUACUUCUGAUCUGAAUGAAGAGCUUGGACAGGUGGAGUAUGUGUUUACAGAUAAAACUGGUACACUGACAGAAAAUGAGAUGCAAUUUCGGGAAUGUUCAAUUAAUGGCAUAAAAUACCAAGAAAUCAAUGGUAGACUUGUAUCUGAAGGACCAACACCAGACUCUUCAGAAGGAAGCUUAUCUUACCUUAAUAGUUUAUCCCAUCUUAACAACUUAACCCAUCUUACAACCAGUUCUUCUUUUAGAACCAGUCCUGAAAAUGAAAGUGAACUGAUUAAAGAACACGAUCUCUUCUUUAAAGCAGUCAGUCUCUGUCACACUGUACAGAUUAGCAAUGUUCAGACUGAUGGCAUUGGUGAUGGUCCCUGGCAAUCCAACUUUGCACCCUCCCAGUUGGAAUACUAUGCAUCUUCACCAGAUGAAAAGGCUUUAGUGGAAGCUGCUGCAAGAAUUGGCAUUGUAUUUAUUGGCCAUUCUGAAGAAACUAUGGAAGUUAAAACACUUGGAAAACUGGAACGGUACAAACUGCUUCAUAUUCUCGAAUUUGAUUCAGAUCGUAGGAGAAUGAGUGUAAUUGUUCAGGCACCUUCAGGUGAGAAGCUUCUAUUUGCUAAAGGAGCGGAAUCAUCAAUUCUUCCUAAAUGUGUAGGUGGAGAAAUAGAAAAAACCAGAAUUCACGUAGAUGAAUUUGCUUUGAAAGGGCUGAGAACUCUGUGUAUGGCCUAUAAACAGUUGACAUCUAAAGAGUAUGAGGAAAUAGACAGACGUCUGUUUGAAGCCAGGACUGCCUUGCAACAACGGGAAGAGAAAUUGGCAGCUGUCUUCCAGUUCAUAGAGAAAGACCUGAUAUUACUUGGAGCUACAGCAGUGGAAGACAGGCUACAAGAUAGAGUUCGAGAAACUAUCGAAGCAUUGAGAAUGGCUGGUAUCAAAGUAUGGGUACUAACUGGUGAUAAACAUGAAACAGCUGUUAGUGUGAGUUUAUCAUGUGGACAUUUUCACAGAACCAUGAAUAUCCUUGAACUUAUAAACCAGAAAUCAGACAGCGAAUGUGCUGAACAAUUGAGGCAGCUUGCCAGAAGAAUUAAAGAGGAUCAUGUGAUUCAGCACGGGCUGGUGGUGGAUGGGACCAGCCUGUCUCUUGCACUCAGGGAGCAUGAAAAACUAUUUAUGGAAGUUUGCAGAAAUUGUUCAGCUGUAUUGUGCUGUCGUAUGGCACCACUGCAAAAAGCAAAGGUAAUAAGACUGAUAAAAAUCUCACCUGAGAAACCUAUAACAUUGGCUGUUGGUGAUGGUGCUAAUGAUGUAAGCAUGAUACAAGAAGCACAUGUCGGCAUAGGAAUCAUGGGUAAAGAAGGAAGACAAGCUGCAAGAAACAGUGACUAUGCAAUAGCUAGAUUUAAAUUCCUUUCCAAAUUGCUUUUUGUUCAUGGUCAUUUUUAUUAUAUUAGAAUAGCUACUCUUGUACAGUAUUUUUUUUAUAAGAACGUGUGCUUUAUCACACCCCAAUUUUUAUAUCAGUUCUACUGUUUGUUUUCUCAACAAACACUAUAUGACAGCGUGUACCUGACUUUAUACAAUAUUUGUUUUACUUCCCUACCUAUUCUGAUAUAUAGUCUAUUGGAACAGCAUAUAGAUCCUCAUGUAUUGCAGAGCAAGCCCACCCUCUAUCGAGACAUUAGUAAAAACCGUCAACUAAGCAUUAAAACAUUUCUUUAUUGGACCAUCCUGGGUUUCAGUCAUGCCUUUAUUUUCUUUUUUGGAUCCUAUUUUCUAAUAGGAAAAGAUACAUCUCUGCUUGGAAAUGGCCAGAUGUUUGGAAACUGGACAUUUGGCACCUUGGUUUUCACAGUCAUGGUUAUUACAGUCACAGUAAAGAUGGCUUUGGAAACUCAUUUUUGGACCUGGAUCAACCAUCUUGUUACCUGGGGAUCUAUUAUAUUCUAUUUUAUAUUUUCUUUGUUUUAUGGAGGGAUUCUCUGGCCAUUUUUGGGCUCCCAGAAUAUGUACUUUGUAUUUAUUCAGCUCCUAUCAAGUGGUUCUGCUUGGUUUGCCAUAAUACUCAUGGUGGUUAUGUGUCUAUUUCUUGAUAUUGUGAAGAAAGUAUUUGACCGACAGCUCCAUCCUACAAAUACUGAAAAGGCACAGCUUACUGAAGCAAAUUCAGGUAUCAAGUGCUUGGACUCCAUGUGCUGUUUCCCAGAAGGAGAAACAGCAUGCGCAUCUGUUGGAAGAAUGCUGGAACGAGUAGUAGGAAGAUGUAGUCCAACCCAUGUCAGCAGAUCUUGGAGUGCAUCGGAUCCUUUCUAUACCAACGACAGGAGCAUCUUGACUCUCUCCACAAUGGACUCAUCUACUUGUUAAAGGGGCAGUAGUACUUUGUGGGAACCAUUUCAACUCCUUUCCUAAAAUUCAGUGUGAUCAUCCUGGUAAUGGCCACACUAGUUCUGCAGAAUUACUUUUUGAAAUUUCUCGAGUAUUUCAUACCACUCAGUUAUAAUGGCAAACAAAUAAAAAGCAUUGACAUAAACCCCUUUCAACCCCUUUAAUUUAAAUCUGAACAUGUUAGAGUUUGUGAAAGAGACAUUUUCCAUCUCUCUGGGUUGUCCCUUGUGCUUAUGGGACUCCAAAUGGCAUUUCAUCCUCUUGCUAAGGCCACUAUAUUUUAAUAUCCAGGUAGAAAAGGGAAGUACUUCCUAAUUAAUUGUAUUUUUUAGUAUUAACUUGGUUAUUGAGUCUUCUAUUCAGAUCUGCUUCUGUAAAUUAUGCUGAAAAGUUUGCCCUGAAAACUCUAUUUUUUUAUUAGAGUUAUAUUUGAAGAUUUUCAUGCGAAAAGUUAAUGUGAAUAGAAAGGAAUUUUGGUCCCUCAGUGACCCAUGUUGUUAAUUCUUUAGUGCUUUCUAAGUUCACAGAGCAAAUUAGGAGAAUGCAUUUCCCACCAUUAUUUACUGCACUGUGGAUAGUAAAUAUAUACCAAUACCAAACUUCUCUAAAUACUGUUAACACAACCAGUAAAGUUAAGCAUAUACAUGCAAAGGGUAUAUUAUAUAUAUAAAUCAGGAAUCAAGUCCAUUCACCAAAUUUCAAGUUGAUGUUUAAUAUUUUUGUGACAGAAUACAAAGAACCUAUAGUGGGUAAAUUAUAUACCAUUAGCAUAUUAUUAUUUAAUGUGUUUAUCAUUGGAUCUUUUGCAUGCUUUAAUCUGGUUAAUAUAUUUAAAUUUGCCUUUUUUUUCCCUCUAUCUGAAGGCUCUGUUUAUAGUAUUUUAUGACACUGUUGUAAAGUUCAACUAUAUCAAUAAAAAACAAGUUUGGACAGUG